AUGCAUUUCAAGGAACAAUUCUUGAGACAGGCUGAAGUCAUGCAAGAUCUAUAUGGCGUUGCCUGGUUCCGAAAUUUUGCAGUCAAAACGAAAGCGUAUGCUGCUAUUGCUAGCACCGAUACUACUGCUAAAGACAAGUUCAAGGAUGAUAUCUUUGAAGCCGUUCUUGCAACAGGAUUCCUAUGCAACUGUGAUCAAACAAGAACAGCUCCUCUGAUGCUGGAUCUUCAGAGAAACUACUGCAGGGAAGUGGAUUAUUAUCCAAAGACGGUCAGCAAAGCACAAGAUAUGUUGAAGAUUCUCAUGGAUGUGAUCAAGAAUCCGGGAGUGAACCUGUACCAAGGAAAAGACCAGCCAAAUAAAGGUAAAGGUAAAGGGAAGGGUAAACCGAAGGACAAAAAGAAAAAGGCAGCAUGUUAUGUAUGUGGCAAAGAGGAUCAUAUGUCUCCAAAAUGCCCAGACAGACUGCUACCAGAGAGUCAAUGGAAACAUCCGAAACACUAUGUUGAUUACGGGAAGAAGCUCAAUCUUAAGGCAUGUACAAUCGUCAGAGGAACGAUACACAGAUAUCUUGGAAUGACUUUGGAUUUCUUGGUGAAAGGAAAACUCAAGAUCCGCAUGGACGACUAUGUCAAGAACAUGUUGGAAGAUUUCCUAUCAAGUUCAACAAGGAUUCAAAGUAGGAAACACCAGCUGGUAACGAUUUACUGGAGGCUGGGAAAGGAAAGUUACUCAAUGCUGAGUACCGUCAAAUCUUUCAUACUACUGUUGCAAGGGGACUUUAUGUCUUUAAGAGAGCUCGUUUGGAUAUCCAUCCAACGAUUACUAUUCUUGCCUCGAGAGUUCGAGAACCUACAUAGUCUGAUUGGAAGAAGUGUUUUCGCAUGA